GCGGGCGCGCCCCGGGAGCGCCGAGUGCGCGGGGGCGCCGGCGGGGGCACGUGCGUGCUGGGCGCGGCCCGGCCCGGGGGGGCGGGGGCCCGGGGGGCGGGGGCCCCGGCGAGGAGCCCCUCCCGGCCGUCCCGAGCGCGCCACCAACUUGGGGCGAACUUUGGCCGCGCCUGCCCCGCGCGCCGACAGCAGGCACCGCGCGGCGCGGCGGCGGCCCCCGGGGAUGCCCCGACCCGGCGGCGGCCGGGUCCCCACGGCGCCCCCCGCGCGGCUGCUGCUGCCGCUGCUGCUGCUGCUGCUCCCGCUGCUCCCGGGGCCCGCGCGGGGGGCGCCGCGCGCAGUGGGGGCCGCGGGGCCCGCGGAGCUGCGCGUCCGUGUGCGGCUGCCCGACGGGCAGGUGACCGAGGAGACCCUGCAGGCGGACAGCGACGCGGACAGCAUCAGCCUGGAGCUGCGCAGGCCCGACGGCGCGCUCCUCUCCUUCACCGCCGACUUCAGGAGGGAGGUGAAGAUCUUCCGGGCCCUGAUCCUGGGGGAGCUGGAGAAGGGGCAGAACCAGUUCCAGGCCCUGUGCUUCGUCACCCGGCUGCACCGCAACGAGAUCAUCCCCAGCGACGCCAUGGCCAAGCUGCGGCAGAGAAACCCGCGGACCGUGCGGCAGGCCGAGGAGGUUCGGGCCCCCGAGCACCUACACAUGGACGUUGCUGUCAACUUCAGCCGGGGGGCCCUGCUGAGCCCUCACCUCCGCAAUGUGUGUGCUGAGGCCGCUGAGGCUGUCUACACCCGCCAGGAGGACAUGCGGUUCUGGCUGCAGCAAGGUGUGGACGCCUCCGUGUUCCAGGCCCUGCCGGAGGAUGCUCAGCCGCCGCUGGCGCCGCGCUGCGGGCAGGCGGGGGACCACGGGCAGGCGUGCGUGUGCCGCUACGGCCUGAGCCUGCCCUGGUACCCGUGCGUGCUCAAGUACUGCCACAGCCGCGAGCGGGCGUCGCCCUACAAGUGCGGCAUCCGCAGCUGCCGCAAGGCCUACAGCUUCAGCUUCCCCGCGCCGCGCCGGCCGCUCUGCCUCUGGGACGGGGACGCCUGAGCCGCCGGGCCCCGCGCGCACCCCGGAGCGCCGCCUCCCACGCCCGCCUUGCCGCCAGGCUCCCCCCAAACACAUAUUUUUGUAAGGUUCUGGGGCAGGGGUGGAAUAUGAAGUAUAAGGAAAACUUGAAUCCCAGAUUUUUCUAUGCAAAGUAUUUAUCGUUUGUACCACAAAUAAAAGUUUACGUUUGUACCUUGAAA